AAAACCCACAUCGGGCGAUAUGAGGGGAUAAAUGAACAGCGCUGUCAUGUCCAACCUCAACAGCGCUGUUUCCUCUUCAUAAAAGCCCACAAACGUCCCGGACGAACGUCGCCACCACAGACGCUCCAGCGCAGCUCUCCCUGUGUCCCCCUCCUCCUCCUCCUCCUCCUCCUUGCCGACCCACCGACGUCGGCCCGAAGACCUCUCUAGCGGCGAUGGAGUCCAAGUCCACCGGAAGAUUCACCCUCGGCAAGCAAUCCUCCCUCGCCCCCGAUCGCGACUGCGGCGACGAGAGUAGCAACGGCGAUGGUUUCCGGUUCCCCGAUGACGUGGACGCCGACAUCCGCCUCAUGUACCUCGCCAGCGAGGGCGACCUGGAGGGGAUCGAGGAGAUCCUGGCCUCCGGCGUUGACGCCAACUUCAGGGACAUCGACGGUCGCACCGCUCUGCACGUCGCCGCUUGUCAGGGCUUCGCCGACGUCGUUCGCUUGCUGCUCGACAGGGGGGCGCAGGUGGGCCCGGAGGACCGCUGGGGCAGCACGCCACUUGCAGAUGCAAUACAUUAUAAUAACCACGAAGUGAUCGAUCUUUUGGAGAAGCAUGGUGCCAAGCUAUCGAUUAUUCCUAUGCAUGUCAAGAAUGCCCGUGAAGUCCCUGAGUAUGAGAUUGACCCCAGUGAACUUGAUUUCACUCACAGUGUUAAUAUAACCAAGGGAACAUUUAGAUUAGCAACAUGGCGUGGAAUUCGAGUCGCUGUUAAAAAGUAUGGUGAAGAUGUCCUGGUCGAUGAGAAUAAAUUAAGGGCAUUCAGAGAUGAGCUUGCAUUGCUUCAACAAAUACGACAUCCAAAUGUUGUUCAAUUUUUGGGUGCUGUUACUCAAAGCAGUCCAAUGAUGAUUGUUACAGAAUAUUUGCCAAAGGGUGACCUACGUGCCUAUCUGAAACGUAAAGGAGCUCUAAAGCCAUCAUCGGCAGUGCGAUUUGCACUUGAUAUUGCUAGAGGGAUGAAUUACUUACAUGAGCAUAAACCAGAAGCCAUAAUUCACCGUGAUCUUGAGCCUUCAAAUAUCUUGCGGGAUGAUUCUGGGAAUUUGAAGGUUGCAGACUUUGGAGUGAGCAAGUUGUUAAAUGUGGCGAAGACUGUUAGAGAAGAAAGAUCAUUAACACAUCUAGGCACUCCUUGCAGGUAUGUGGCUCCGGAAGUCUUCUGCAAUGAGGAGUAUGAUACCAAAGUGGAUGUGUUUUCAUUUGCUUUGAUUCUACAAGAGAUGAUUGAAGGAUGCCCUCCUUUUUGUUAUAAACAAGAUAAUGAAGUUCCAAAAGCAUAUGUGUCUAAGCAGAGACCACCUUUUGGAGCUCCACCAAAAUUGUACGUGCAUGGAUUAAAAGAGUUGAUUGAGGAAUGCUGGAGUGAAAACCCUGCUGACAGACCGACAUUUAAAGACAUAAUUGAUCGAUUGUUAAAUAUUCAAAAUUAUAUUGUUAGAAAACGACAUUGGAGGAUGGUGCAAUUAAAAUGCUUCUCAAAUUUCAAGGCAAUGUGGAAGAAAGAAAGCACCAGCAGCCAUUCGUCACGUUCAUCCACUACAAACUUGUGACAUUGUUGGAUGUUCCAAUGAGAGUUGGAUCCGAGAAUGCUGGUUUGACCAUAGGGUGACUUGCAGUGAAAUGUACAGAAGUUACAAAUUGCCCUGCCCUUUGGAAAACCAUAUGGAACACAUACCGCUUACAUUUUUCGAUAUGGUGGUCACAGGAAUUCAACUUGUUAUCCUCAUCUGGGUUCUCUGGUUUUAUAUCCAUGUGCAUAUACUGGGAUGGUAUCACGAGUUUUAAUUUCAUAUAAACUCCCCAAUGCUGGCUGCUUUUGUUACUGGAUUAUCAUGGAAGCCAGGUAGCUGCCAUAUGUGGGCUGUGGUAAUAUCUGAAUAAUGUUACUGGAGUAUGGUGUAUUGGUGUUUCCAGAUUUAUUGUCUAGAUUUACUGUCAAAAGUUAUUUUUCUUUUA